AUGGAUUUCAACCACAAUAAGCUGAUCACAAACACAGCUGCCAAUUGGGAAUUAGGCCUAGCCAUGGAAGACCAAAUCCUCCAUGAUCAUCAUCAACUUCCCUCUGAUAUUGCUCUCUGGCCAAACUAUCAUCAUCCCCUCCCAACUCAUCAUCAUCAUCACCAUCAACUCCCAUCAAUAUCUAAUUCCACCACCCCAAUACCCAACUCAACCCUCUUUGACAACCCCAUUCUCGAAGAUCACCAAUUUGAAGAUGAAGACGAUGACAAAGAAGAAGGGCUCGGCGCCAUGAAAGAGAUGAUGUACAAGAUCGCCGCGAUGCAACCAGUAGACAUCGAUCCAUCAACAAUCCGAAAACCCAAAAGGCGAAAUGUAAAGAUCAGUGAUGACCCCCAAAGUGUGGCAGCAAGGCUCCGCCGCGAGAGGAUAAGCGAAAAGAUGAGAGUUCUGCAGAGACUUGUUCCCGGUGGCACCAAAAUGGACACUGCGUCUAUGCUGGACGAAGCCAUCUGCUAUGUCAAGUUCUUGAAGAGACAAAUCCGCCAACUCCAAUCCAAUCCUAUCCACAACCCACCAUGCAUUGAUGGAGUUCCGGCCACCGCCGCCCACCUCACCGCCAGGGAGUGGCAGCUACUUGCAUCUGCCUCCUCCUCCUCGGAACCGCCUCUGACCGGACACGAAUACGCCGCCUUUGGGUGCACCGGGGACUCGGAUUCUAUGUGCUUCAAUUUAUGA